UUGCUAAGUUGCUCGCUCCAGUGUUCUCUCUCUUGAGUAGGGUUGCAGUAGAUAAACGCCACCUCCCUCCCAUUUUUUAGACUCAUACUCCGUCGUCUAUUCUUUUCCUCCGGCGCCCUAUAAAUACUACUGCCACCUUACCAGUUUCGAUCAGUUAUUCCUCUUUCGUCUCUUGCCGCCCAGUCUCUCCCCUUAGGGGUUUCCUCUCUCGUGUUCAACUGCCAUGGGCACCUCACUUCCUUCUAGGGAGGGUAACCUCUUCAAAUUGAUUGUGAAAUCAUAUGAAACGAAGCAGUAUAAAAAGGGGUUGAAGGCAGCCGAUUCAAUUUUAAAGAAGUUUCCCAAUCAUGGAGAAACGCUUUCGAUGAAAGGAUUGACAUUGAAUUGCCUAGACCGCAAACCAGAAGCUUAUGAACUUGUUCGACGAGGUUUGAAGAAUGACCUUAAAAGUCACGUUUGCUGGCAUGUUUAUGGUCUUCUGUAUCGGUCUGACAGAGAGUACAGGGAGGCAAUCAAAUGCUACCGUAAUGCACUUAGGAUUGAUCCUGACAACAUUGAAAUACUUCGUGACCUGUCUCUUUUACAGGCACAAAUGCGUGAUUUGGAUGGUUUUGUUGAAACAAGACAACGACUGCUCACUUUGAAACCAAACCACCGCAUGAACUGGAUAGGCUUUGCUGUAGCCCAUCACUUGAACUCAAAUGGAUCAAAAGCCAUAGAAAUCCUUGAAGCAUAUGAAGGAACUCUGGAUGAUGAUCAUCCGCCAGAUAAUGAGCGUUGUGAGCAUGGGGAAAUGCUUUUGUACAAGAUAUCUUUGCUUGAGGAGAGUGGGCUUCUUGAGAGAGCUCUCGAGGAAUUGCACAAGGAGGAGUCCAAAAUUGUUGAUAAACUGGCCUACAAGGAACAAGAGGUUUCUCUUCUGACGAAGCUUGGUCUUCUGGAAGAAGGUGAAAAAGAGUACAGAUUGCUGCUCUCCAUGAAUCCUGACAAUUACAGAUAUUAUGAAGGGUUACAAAGAUGCCUGGGGCUUUUUUCUGAAAAGGAUCAUUAUUCAUCAGAUGAGAUUGGUCAGUUAGAAGAAUUGUACGAGUCACUUGCUCAGCAAUACAACAAGUCAUCUGCUGUUAAGAGAAUCCCACUGGAUUUUCUUGAAGGUGAAAAGUUCCAGAAAGCGGUAGAGAGUUAUAUUCGUCCUCUCUUAACAAAGGGGGUUCCUUCAUUAUUUUCUGAUCUAUCCCCUCUCUAUGAUCACCCUGGAAAGGCAGAUAUCCUGGAACAUGUAGUUCUUGGGUUGGAGUUGUCCCUUAAGACAAGUGGUGGAUAUCCUGGGAGCUUGGAUAAAGAGCCACCUUCUACAUUGAUGUGGGCCUUGUUUUAUUUAGCUCAGCACUAUGACAGACGUGAUCAACAAGAUAUUGCUCUAGCAAAAAUUGAUGAGGCUAUAGUACACACUCCGACUGCGAUAGAUUUGUACUCUGUCAAGAGCAGGAUUUUAAAACAUGCAGGUGACUUCUUAGCUGCCGCUGCAAUGGCAGAUGAAGCUAGGUGUAUGGAUCUUGCAGAUCGCUAUAUUAAUAGCGAAUGUGUUAAACGCAUGCUGCAGGCUGAUCAGGUUACUCUGGCAGAAAAAACAGCUGUAUUAUUCACAAAAGAUGGAGAGCAACAUAACAACCUCUAUGACAUGCAGUGCAUGUGGUAUGAAUUGGCAUCAGGUGAAAGUUACUUGCGGCAAGGUGACCUUGGACGAGCUUUGAAGAAAUUCUUAGCUGUUGAAAAGCACUAUGCUGAUAUCGUUGAAGACCAAUUUGAUUUCCAUUCCUAUUGCUUAAGAAAAAUGACUCUCCGGACUUAUGUUGAAAUGUUGAAAUUUCAAGAUAGGCUCCAUUCACAUACUUAUUUUCGUAAAGCAGCUUUUGGAGCUGUCAGAUGCUAUAUUAAGCUGUACGAUUCUCCUUCUAAGCCAUCAGCUGAAGAAGAUGAUGAGAUGUCGAAGUUGCCACCUUCUCAAAGAAAGAAACUGAGGCAAAAACAAAAGAAGGCAGAAGCGCGAGCUAAGAAAGAGGCAGAAAUUAAAACGGAAGAAUCACAAGCCAGUAACGCCUCUAAAUCUGUGAAGCGUCAUGUGAAACCAGUAGAUCCAGAUCCACACGGUGAAAGGUUAUUGCAGGUUGAAGAUCCAUUGCUUGAAGCAACUAAGUAUUUGAAGCUUCUUCAGGAAUACUCACCUGAUUUCUUGGAGACACAUGUACUCUCUUUUGAAGUACAUAUGAGAAAGCAGAAACGCUUGUGUGCUUUGAAGGCAGUAAGGAAUUUAUUGCGGUUGAAUGCUGACCAUCCAGACACACAUCGUUGCUUGAUAAAAUUCUUUCACAAAGUAGGAUCCUUGCCUGCUGCAGUGACAACUGCUGAAAAGAUCAUCUGGGCUGCAAUUGAAGAAGAGCGACUGACAUAUGGUCAGUUGCGCGAGAAAUCUCUUCUGGAGGCUAAUGCCUCUUUCUUUGAGACACAUAAAGAUUCUUUGAUGCAUAGAGCAGCUGCAGCAGAAAUGCUGUUUGUUUUGGAAUCAAACAAGAAGGAUGAGGCUGUCAAAUUAAUUGAAGAAUCAAUCAAUGAACCCUUGUCAAUAAAAGGACUUCUUGGACCGGCGAGGAAAUGGAAGCUCAAAGAUUGUAUUGCUGUUCACAGUGUGCUAGAGAAAAUAUUUGAUGAUCAAGAUGUAGCCUUGCGAUGGAAAUUACGCUGUGCUGAAUAUUUUCCAUAUUCUACAUACUUCGGAGGCAAAAAGUGUUCUGCUAUCACAAAAUUGGCUCAUCACCAAACAGAGGAAACCUCUGAAAGUGCAGGUACAGUCAAUCCCCAUGCCACUGAAUUUUCAACGAAUGGAAACCUGGAGAAAUCAUAAGGGUCUAAGGAUUUGGCUGGCCAACUACAUUCAAGUCUUGUACUCAGCUAACCUGGCAGUUAGAUGGUUUUUGUCUGGCUGAUAACGCAUCCUUUUGAGACGUUGGAUUACCGUUUCAAGGAGGAGAAAUAUCCAGAGUGCUAAUUUUUGAUGUUUGUGCAAAUAGCUGGGAGUUUUGCUGUUGGUUUAGGACCUUUUCAUUGUGCCCCACUUUGACCUCUGCACGGUAAUUAUAUGAUUUCCUUGAGAAUGUGCGUGAACCGCUCCGAAUGUAAUAUGGUAGAACUUGCGCGCUAUAUUAGCUAUUUGACGGUGAGCUGUUGAGGCCGAGAUUCCGAGUCUUCUGUUGCCAACAUGAUGAGCAACUUUUCAAUUGAAGUGGCUCACUUGGAAUUGACCGGUCACUGGUUCUAGUUUAUUAUAAGCAGGAUACUCUUGAUAGUCAUAGCAAUUUGAAGAGCAUGUUGUACUUCCCAAUUUCAUUCACAUUCUUAAUGUAUAAAUGCUACUGCAUGUAAGAAAAUUUUGUCCUUACCUCAUAAAGUAAGACAUUUGAGAUUUGUAGCCAAGAAAUUCACACAAGGCAAUAUAUUCAGUUUCCUCUGCA